AUGAACGUGAAAUGGCUGCUUCUGUACAGCGCGUACGUCGUCUGGGCUGUAGAAGACGAUGCUACUGAUGUGAUUCAGGAGACUAUCCGAUAUCUUCUCGAUUUCAGCGAGAUUCCAAAUGCAAAUUCUUCGGCUCCAUCAUUUCGAGCCUCUCAUCGAACAGCGGCAACAAUGCAGAACAUCUAUGAGACCUUCGUUGAAGACGAUGGAUCAGACGAUGGAAAUGUGGUUCGUGGGAUCGAUCCAGCUUUAGGGAAGCUUGACGGUCAUGAGGUGCUAAUUUUUGACAUAACUGGUCUCGAGAAGGAGCAGAUCAUGCGCGGCGAAUUGCACUUCUAUUUGCGGCGUCGCGAUGCGACAAAACCUGGACGAGCCAAGCAACUUCGAGCGAAAUCGUUAUGUAUCAAUGAGUACUGUAGCGAAAAUCAGCAGCUACAGACAAUAAGGGUUACGGUAGAGAAGGUGAUUUGGGACGCGACGAAGCCGCUGGCAGAAGCAAACGCUCUAGGUGCUAACCAACUGGUCGUUAGGGUUACACGACGAGACAUCCGAAUGCGACGUUAUGCAGAAAUUGUUCGGAAAUGCUCACCAUUUCUGCUGGUCUAUUCUAAAGGUGAAAAUACGAUUGAUGCUGAACAAAUACAGAAACGAGUGGAUGGAUCUAGGCGAAGGAGGAGAGAACACGGCUACUUCUCGUAUAAAACCGCGACUGAAACAACUUCUGAAGCUUCAUCCACAACCACACAAAAAUUAAGUGAAGAUAUGAAGAUAUUCAGAAGACAUUUCAUGGAGAAUACUGGACAAUCCAGGAAGAAGAUCCGUGGACGUCGUAAUAGAUCACUUGAAAAUGAUGUUUGGAAUGGUUUCGGAGAGGGUUCUGUUGACGAGGAGAAACAGCCCGUGAAAAUUGAGAAAUCAAACGACGUAAGGGUUGUACUUCUGGAGGCAGAGGAAAAAAAGGAGAUGUGCCAAAAAAGAGGAUCAAUGGUUGAUUUACGACUUCUCGGUUGGGGACGUUGGGUUAUUGCUCCGGCAACAUUUGAAGCUGGAUUUUGUUCUGGAAAAUGUCCAAAUCCUUUGCCAAAGGAUACCAAGCCCACGAACCAUGCAAUCCUUCAGAACCUCUUACAAUCCUCAAGCGUUCCCGCCGUAUGCUGUUCACCCGAUCAUAUACGAUCGUUAACGAUUUUCUAUCGGGACGAACUCGGUAGAUCGACGAUCAGAAAUUUUGAGAAUAUGAUAGUUGAAAGUUGUUCUUGUCAAUGA